ACAGACAGUUGGAUUGUCACCAAGUGAUAUGCGAGGGCAGUGCUACGAUGGAGCCAGUAACAUGUCUGGAGCAAGAUCAGGGUGUAGUGCUGUUAUUCAACAGCAAGCUCCAAAGGCUGCCUAUUUCCACUGUGCUGCUCAUCGAUUGAAUCUUGCUGCAGUGUCUGCAUGUAAGAUCCAAGCAUUCAUGAAUGUUGAGGCAUACAUCGGAGAAAUUGCAAGGUUCUUCGCAUUCUCUCCCAAAGGCAAUGACUGUUUGAUAAGACAAUGGAUAAAUUCCUUCCAGAAGCCAAGGCCCGAAAGCUCAAAGACGCCUGUAGAACAAGGUGGGUUCAACAUAUUGAUUUGUACACAGUCUUUUUUGAGUUGUUACCGGCACUUCACACAUCUCUGCAAGCUAUGGUUUCUCCAGGACAACACAAAGACUUUGGUACUGAUUGGGACUGGGAUGGCAAUACAAUCACAAAGGCGAAUGGCUAUCUGUAUCAGCUUCAGUCGCCUUCUUUCUCAGUUUGCUUCAAGAUUCUCCUUGAAAUCUUGCAAUGUCUCAAAGGCCUCACAGUCAAGCUUCAAAUGCAAGCAUCUGAUGUCAUGUAUGCCUACAAGCAGGUUCAGUCAGUACGUUUAAUCCUACAGAAAAUGAGAGAGGACUGUGUCCAAGAAUUCAAAAAAAUCUUUGCCGAAAGUCUUAAGUUAGGACAAGAUCUCCAUGGUGAAGAUUUUGAGUUGACCAAAUUGCGCAUUGCAAGGCGACAGUCUCAUCGAAGCAACAUUGAAACAUGCAGUGCAGAGCAGUAUUAUUGUGUAACCAUGUACAAUGAGUUCCUAUCUCAUGUCAUAAGGGAGCUUGACAACAGAUUUUCUGGAAACCAGUACUUGGUUCACGGCUUGCUUCAUUUGGUUCCAAGUAGGGUUGCUUCUGAAUCUCAUGAUGACUUUCCAGAAACACUCAGUCAAGCUGCUGAUUAUUUCAAAGAUGACUUGCCUCAUCAUGACAUGCUUUCCAUUGAGUAUCGAAUGUGGGUCCGGAAAUGGAAGUGUUCAGAUGAAGUUCCACAAAGCUUGUUGAUACACUCAAGUCAUGUGAUGAGAUCCAGUUUCCUAACAUAUUCGUUUUGUUGAAGUUGACUUUAACGCUUCCAUUCACCACUUGCGAGUGUGAGAGAAGCUUUAGUCAACUCAAACUGAUUAAAACCUGCAGAAGAUCUACAAUGACAGAUGAUCGAUUAAAUGGAUUGGCAAUCAUGAAAAUAAACAGUGAUCGAUAUGAAAGAAUUCGGAAAUCUCCAGAAGCACUAAAUCUACGUGUGAACUCAUUUGCAUCAUUACAUCCUAGGAGAAUGAAGAUUGCUUUUGUUCUAGCUGAUCAAUAAUUUCACGUUUUUAACAUGUAAAAUCAUUUAAUUCCACUGUGUACAUUGUACUAAACAUUAUGUCUUAAUUAAUGUAUAUAAUAUUAUAUGUAUGGCAUAUAUAAAUAGCCUUAGCUGCUAUAACCC